CAGUUUUUUUUUGUUUUCUAUUCUUUAUUUGUUGCAAAUCUACUUAUUUUGUGAUGUUUGUGUUAUUAGCUUCUCACUUAUUUUAUUUUCCCCUCAUUUUUUGUUUUUUUUAAAUAAAAUUUACUGUAUUUUUCUCGUUUUCCCCCUUUUUUUCAAGCUCGCCGUAUUAUACCCAAUAAAAAACUUCGCCGUUUAAAACUCCGAUACGUUAUUUGUGAUUAUGAUUCAAACUACUGCUAAUACAUAAUAUCUUACUUUGAAGUUUAGUCUCAUAUUAAAGAUUGUGAGAAAUUUUCAAUGGCUUAUCAAAGGAUGAUUACUUAUGUAACUGGUUGUUCUGGUCCCAACAUUUUUUUGUGCUGGAAUUGAAGUUGCUAAGGGGCGGAUUGAGAUCUACCAAAUUGGCAUAAGAGCGAGUCAGAUUGUUGCAUGGAUAUCAAGAUUACUUGUGGAUUUGAGGUCUCAUACACAAUGAUAUGUGUGCCAAAAAGGGAUUAGAUUGUAACACCCCACUUUGAGUUUAGUCAUGUAUUGAAUAUUAAGAGAAAUCUUUAAAGGCGUGUUACCGAGUUAUUUAAAGUGAUUAGUGGACCGAAUUAAUAUAUAACAUGUCUAUUAAUCCAAGCUUUGGAAACCAUAGAUCUGGCUUUAGAGGUGGAAACUACAAAGGUGGUACUAGAAAUACUGGGGUGGUGGAAGAGACAAUGGUGAUCGACCCAGACUUUCAUGGCAAUCAUGGGAAGAACUCAUGAUAUUUCAUGUGGAUCAAAUCAAAUAUCAUGAAGUUCUAAAAAAAAACAGAGUAACUAGUUUUGGUUCGAGUACUGAAUCAAAUAUGGAUAUAAUAUCUUGUUCAUAAGAGGUCUACAAGUGGGUUGUCAUUGUUUACUUACAGAAAAUGAUUUCGACUUUACCUCUAAUAGAUUUAUUACAGUCUGUAGAGCCACAUGUGGGCCAACUGCCCCACAUAUUUUCUUUAUUUUCACAUGCCUUCAACUAUAUGCUUAUUUGUAUAUAUCGGUGCUCCUUAAGGCAUGAGAAUUUUUAAAAUAAUGCCCCUCGGCCCUAAAUUUCUGAUGAAGCUACUGAAAUGGACAAGUUCAUAUUCAGAUUUCAAUAUUUACAUCUAUACGUAUGUGAAAAUUAAAUAUUGAUUAGAAUGAGGAAAAAAAAAGAAGUAUUUUCUAUAAUAAUCCUUACCAUAUCAGCUAUUAUCUAUACCUAUCAUUUUUAGUCUUAAACUUUCAAUUUUCUCCUCAUGUUUUUGAAUAAUAGUCCUUUUCGCCCUUUUUAAAAAUUCCCCACAACUUUUGUCAUGUUUCUCAAUCUAAUAAGUGGGGAAAUCAAAUAUGUAUUCGUCGAGGAAAAAAAAAAGCUUAUUCCAUAAUAGUCUUACCAUUUCAACAAUUUUUAUAUUCAUACUCCCUAUUUAAAGUUUUCCAAAUACAAGUUGUUGUCUUUCACCAAGUAUUUGACAGAAUGUCUGAAAGAAACGAGGUAGUUUGGUCUUUGAUGAUCUCCAAAUACAUCCAUAAUGGAUAUGAUGGGGAGGCUAUGAGUUUGUUUUCUCGGAUGCGAUAUGAGGGAUUCUCUUUUAAUUCAUUCAUCAUGGUCAGCCUGAUUGGAUCUUCAGCUUCCCUUAUCGAUUUGAGUCUUGGUUCUUGCAUCCAUGGUUGCGCUAUCAAAAGUGGUUUGGCAGGUGAUUCUUUCGUAAGGACCUCUUUGGUGGACAUGUAUGUGAAAUGUGGAUGUAUUAAUGAUGCUUAUCGAGUUCUUGGGGAAGUUCUUGAACCGAAUAUAGCUACAUGGAAUUCGAUCAUCUCUGGGUCAGUGAAUCGUUACUUGUUUGGUGAUGCUGUGAGAUUGUUUAAGAAAGUCCAAUUGUCGGAUUUGAGGCCUAAUUUAGUGACAAUGUUGAGUCUGAUCUCUGCCUGUGCUGGGCUGGGGUCAGGAAAGCUGUGCAGAUGCAUUCAUAGCUUUACUGUUAAACUCGGAAUUGAUACACACCUUAAAGUAGGUAAUGCACUCUUGGAAAUGUAUUCGAGCAUUGGAGCCAUUGAUGAUGUGUCUAAGCUAUUCAACAUAAUGCAGGUGAAAGAUGUGAUCAGUUGGACCACAAUGAUCAACAUGUAUGGUUCUGCUGGUUGUCCUGUUAAUGCUAUGCAGUUCUUCUGGCAAAUGAGAAGUGCAAAUGUUGAACCCGACAUGGUUUCAAUGGUGGCCCUGCUUAGUGCAUGUGCAGUGUUAGGUGAUAUACAGAAACUUAAGAUCUUCCAUAAUCAAAUUAUCCUUUGGGGUCUGGAGUUUGAACUUCAUAUUGGAAAUUCUUUAAUAUCAGUAUAUUUUAAGUGUGGUGACAUGCAAUCUGCAGAGAUGUUAUUUUCUUUGAUGUCCCAAAAGAGUCAAGUUACUUGGGGUGCCAUGAUUGCAGGGUAUAUAAUGAAUGGCCAAGCAGAAAAUUCUAUGAGAUUGAUGAUAAAGAUGGUAACUGAGGAUCAGACCAACAAAAUGGAUGCAGCUCUGUUGGUUAAUGGACUGUCAGCAAUUGCCGACCUUGCCAACUUGGCAUUGUGUAAGCAGGUUCAUGCUUACAUGAUCACUACUGGACUCGAGGAAUGUUCCACUGUUCAAAAUGCUUUGAUUUCAGCAUAUUCCAAGUGUGGAGUAGUUGUGGAUGCCAGAAAGGUCUUUGACAAGAUGAAUCAGAAGGAUACCGUAUCAUGGAAUGCAAUUAUAUCAGGACAUGGGAUUAAUGGUGAUGGGGAAAGUGCUGUGUCUCUCUACCAGGAGAUGGGCAGAAGAAAUGAAGUACAAAGAGACUCUAUAACAUACACCAGUAUUCUGAAUGUUUGCAGUCAUGCCGGCUUAGUGGAUGAAGGAUUGAAUAUUUUCUCCAAUAUGGUGACGGAUGCUGUGAUCAAACCAGAGGCUGAGCAUUAUGCAUGUGUAGUAGACAUGCUUGCACGUGCUGGGCGUUUGUCUGAAGCAGAGAAGUUUGUGACGCACAUAGUUGAGGAGCCAAGUUCUAGCCUGUAUGGAGCAUUCCUGAGUGGUUGCAGGCUUUAUGGCCAUGUAAAUUUUGUUGAACAUGUUGUUCAUAUGGUCCCUGAUGGUGAUCCAGCAGACCCUGGACAUUCAGUUCUCCUUUCGAACAUCUAUACAGCUGCUAGCAUGUUCGAUGAAGCAGCAAAACAUAGAUUUUCAAUGAAGAUCAAAGGUUUAAUGAAAAAGCCAGGAAUGAGCGUGGUUCAAACUUGUUACUCUUAAAUGAACAAGCUUAUACAUUUCCAAUUAAGCUGCGCAUCAAUCAUUGGUUUUUUGGCUUAGGGAACUCAUAUGUACAAGUUUCAACGGACUCAAUACAAACAAAACCAAAAUGAACAACAAUUAGCCAUAUUGCUGCAUUCUUCUUCUUCUCUUCACCUUCUCCAAGAGCCUCACACACCACAAAAGUGCAGCUGCCCUUUUUCUUUUUUCUUCUUCUUUUUGUUUGUUCAAACAAAUUAAAAUGCACUUUUAUUGAAAACUUUUGAAAGUAUGAAGGCUCCCUUUUGAAAGUUUGAUAAGAAAAAACUCCAGGAUGCAUUUCACUCCGAUUAUGCUUGGUGUGAUUAUUGAUUAUACUUGCUUGAACGAAAAACUUAAGGAGGCGUUUGGCAGUAGUAAAAUAUUGUUACAGUCCCACACAAAGAAAUAGAGCAGAUUCAUGAAGCACUUGUCGUAAUGUUUCAUGAAUCUACUCUAUUUUUUUCAGUAGAUUCAUGAGAUAAUAACGAUGAGCUGUUAUUAACAAAUAGCCUCUAGGUUCAUGGGAGGCGUUCAUGGCAGAACUGAAUUUCACCACGGUAGGCAGAAACCACCCAUUGUGGGUUGUUAGCUUACCACAUAGUUCUGAUUUUCAUGUCCAAGUACAAGACAGACCAAUUUAAAGCUACUUUUUUUUUGGUUUUGUGAUUCAUAUUUAUGUGCUGAAAAAUAGCCAAGUGCUGAGACCGAGGAAACUCUAUGGGCUGAAGAAAAGCAAAUAUUAUGGAGGACUGAAGUUGCAGGUGUGCCUCAACUAGGACAAGUCACAUUUCCUACUUGAGAGAGGGGAGAAACGAAUUCCACCGCGACUUCAAAUACUUGUUAAAAGUUACAGGCAUUUUUGUUAUUCUAUUAAUACCUUCCUGGAAAUCCCUCUCGGGCUUCCGUUUCGCCAACAUUCUCUCCUUCCCGACCCCGGAUUGACGUUCGACGCCAGGCCGGGGCUCGGACGAGGAACUCGAGAGGAAGGAGGAAGAACAAGAAGCAGAAGAAGAAGGCGAGGGAGACGAAGGAGGGAGAGGGGUAAUGAAGAAGGCGCAAUCACCAUGGGAUUUCUCCGGCCCCUCCAAGUCCGUGGCGGAAGAGCACGCCCUCAGGAACACCACCUCCAUCGCCGUCCCUGAGGCCCCUGAUAUUGACGAUGGGGCUACCGAGGAGGAUAAACGAGGAAGACUCGAGUUCUCUCUGUAAAGAGAUACGCUAUUGUAGAAACCCCUUUCCAAAGCGUUCUAAGGUGUUCUGAUAUUCAUGAGUGCUCCUAGCCAACAUUGUGAAAAUUGGUCACUAUUGCACGAUAUGCAGAUACGAAGAUCAAGCUGGUGGAGCGACCCAAGAUGGACUUCAUGGUGCAGGUCAUGCCAUUGGCACGACAUGGGCAGUCUCCAAGAUAAGGAAAGCCUUCAAUCCAAAGUGUCUUAAAACCAUCAACGAUCGCCAAAACUGCAUCUAAAGCAGCA